AAAUCUUUGGAAUAUCUUUUCAUGCGUUGCCACAAUCACUUGUGCCAGAAUAUGGUUAUAUUCCAAGCUUUCUCGUUGAUACAUGUGCAUAUUUGGAAGAACAUGUUCAUACUGAGGGGCUCUUCAGAAAGUCUGGAUCUCUUGUUCGCUUAAAAGCUUUAAAGAGUAAACUGGAUCAAGGUGAAAACUGCCUCUCAGCUGCACUGCCAUGUGAUGUUGCAGGGCUUCUCAAACAGUUCUUUAGAGAGCUUCCAGAACCCAUCCUCCCACCUCACCUGCAGGAAGGCCUAUUCAAAGCUCAGCAGCUUGGAAAUGAGAAGAAAACUGCAACCGUUUUGCUGUCCUGUUUGAUGGCUGACAGAACAAUUGCAGCUUUAAGAUACUUUUUCAGCUUUCUGAGAACUGUGUCCUUGAGAUCUAAUGAAAACAGAAUGGAUAGCAGUAAUCUGGCAGUGAUUUUUGCUCCCAACCUCUUGCACUCGAAUGAAAAUGAAAAGAUGUCUGCUAGUACAGAAAAAAAAAUUCGCUUGCAAGCUGCUGUUGUGGAAACACUUAUCGACCAUGCGGCAGAAAUCGGACAAGUACCAGAAUUUAUCCUGGAAAAGAUUCCUUCAAUGUUAGGUGUUGAUGUCUUUCAAUCUACUCCCUCACUGUGGGGCCACGAAGACAGUGAAAAUGAAUCUCCCAGUGAAUGUAAGAGGAGGAGGCACCGAAGUGUUGGGGAUAUUGUUAGUGGAGCAUUGAAUAAAUUUAAAUCUAACAGAACACCCUCCACUACUCCUCAACAGGACAGAAGCGUCCUUUCAUCAGUGACUCCAGUGGUUCUUACUCCAAGUACCAAGCGGAAACUUCCAACUGAUUGCUCUCAGGGCUUGUCCAGCAAGAAGAGACGGUCUUUUAAGCAUAAUUUUGCCUUUGAGUUUUUACCAAGUAGCAUAUUUAACAGCAGCUCAACACCAGCAUCAGUUCAGUUUGAAGCAAGUCCUUGUGUGUGUCUUGAAUCAUCGCAAACCUCACUAUCUCCUUCAACCAUGGGUGAAAAUCAUCUGUCUAGUACAGGAAAUAGAAGAAGCAAAAGACUUGCAAGCAAAAAACUAUACAGGGCUGAAUCGGGAAAGACGGGUUGUUUUUCUCCAAAGAUAAGCCGAAAAGAAAUGGUUCGUAGGUCUUUACGCUUGAAAUUUGGUUUGGGGAAAAGCAACAGAGAAAUGAAUACUGUAUCAGGAUGUGCAGCUGGCAAUAGAUCAGAAAAUAUUGGAAGGCGUCUUGCAAGUCAGCAAGGUUUGGAAAGCAGAACUGAAUGUGCAAAAAGAGAUGUACUGUUCAGCCCAUAUGUCAAUGAAAAAUUCCCUAAAAAAGGUUCAAGGAAUGUAAGCAAGUCAGAAGAAAACUUACAAACUCCAAAAUGUCACAAUAAGAUAGCUCACCGAAUGUCAUGGACUAGUCCUGCUGUUACAGAUUCUCAGGUGAUCAUCAAAAAUGAGCAAAUUCUGCCUGGACACUCUGAAAUGGGAGUCAGCUCUUCAGAACCUGUUUUGACAUUUGGAAAGCCACCAGUUAUUCCAGAUGAAUUCAAAUCUGCAACUGUAAGCAAACAAGACAACAACUUGGAACUUGUGCUUUGUGAAGACGAAAGUAAUUCAACUACAGAAACAUUACUGAAGGUUAAGCAAGCCUUCUCUGCAUCUGGGAGUAUUCUCCACAAUUUGAUAGGUGAUAAAAAAUCAUCCCUCUCAGUUGUAGCAAGUGAAGUAGUAAAUGAAACUCCGUGUCCUUCAGGGCUUGGUUCAGCAAAAGAAGUGUUAGUGAAAGAAGCUUCUGAAAAUCCAGCAAAUGUAAAAUCCAGAGAGCUGUUGCACCAAUUUAAUCAAUCAUCUGCUGCUGAUAAACAGCAAUCAAAAAAAGAGGAAAUUGACAUUUUGGAGAAAAGGAACUUUAAAACUUCUAUUGAGAUUGAACUUCAGGUCCCAAAAUCAGAUACAAAAAAACUAAAAGAACUUCCUAUGCCUCAAGUACUAGCCAAGGAAGAUAAGUUUACUGUUGAGAACAGUUCAACAAAAGAUGACUUAGACAAAUCAGAUUUCUCUGGAAGAAAAGAGGAAAUAGAAUUAAUACACUCUCAAACAGCUGAAAAUUGUAUGGUAAAGUGCUGUAAUUUGGAAGAUGGUACUGCUAAACCUUCUUUGGCAGGACAGCUGCCUACUUCACAGUUGCCCAAAUCACAAAAUGAAAUGGGCAACCAGUACUUGAAAGUUGAAAAUUUGGAUAAAGUUUCAACUAAAACAUUGACUGUUUCUGACCAUGGGAAGGUUUCUGACCACAUACAAUGGUUCAACCAGCUUUCAUUAAAUGAUCCAAAUUCUACAAGCAAAACUAAACCACCUCUGAAGUUUCAACGUACUCCAGUUAGACAGUCUGUAAGAAGAAUUAAUUCCCUCUUGGAGGCUAGCAGACCAUCUGUAAGCUCUCAGAUGGUUAGGUCAAGUGGUGUUGGUUCACCACUUGUUAAAUCUUUGAGCUAUGAUUCUGCCCUAUUCCCCUGCACAGAAAAACCUUCCAAGAAUUCCAUGCUUUUGCCACACAGGAGUGAAAGUACAUGUGACCAAGUUUCUGUAGCUCAUAAGCAGCUAGACUUAACAUCGAAAUCAUGUUACAGGCCAUUAAAUCCAUCUGACAAGCCUGAUGUUUCUGUCAGAACUGUUGGAAUCCAUGAACAAAAAGCAACUGUUCAUCCACCAAAGUCUGUUCUAGAAGAUCUAACUAAUCAUGAAAUGGUUAAAUCCAGUUUGAAAGUUAAUGCAAAUAUAAAUAUUCCAGGUGCUGCCCCAGAAAAAUCUAUGAUCACAAGAAAUGCUUCAGGAAAAGAAAGAGUUCGUUACAGAGGCUCUCCAAAGAAUCCAAUAUCUGAAGUAAAACUGCUACCAGCUGCAAAGCCAGUAGACUUAUAAGAUCAAAUGUGAU